AUGGACGGAUGCGGAACUGCUGUUCGGGGUAAAUCUCCUGCACAAGCGCUUCUAAACCAUCGGUGCGACCGAAUCCCGGCUCGGCCUUGGCACGAUGAAUACCAUAUUUUUAAGCAUUUUCCUCCUCUAAUUCGAAGGCUGCCUUGUCUGCUGUUUCAAGAGCUUUGUAGGCCACGUCUAACUCAUGAAGAGGGGGAAGUUGCACUUCACCGCGUUCAAUCGCGGAAGCCUCAGAAACACCAUGAGGCUUAUAUGCGAUAUGCUCCCAUGAGGCAAGUCGGUCAAAAAGAGUGCUACGGCGAUUAA